AUGUCCACUUUUACACCGGUCUCCACGCCGCCGUCAGAAGUCAGACCCCGAUCACAAUAUUUCAACCAACAAUUACACAAUCUUUUCCGUGAUGCAUUGUCGCUGCAAACCUGGCUCUUUCUCGGUGCUCUACUGCAAUCUACACUCUUCCUGCUCAUUCCAACCAGUAUCGCAAUUCUACCUGUCAUCUUAUAUUUCACCAUCUGUUUCAUCGACAAUGCUCUAAUUUACAGUGGCAUACGCCCAAAUCCACUCAUGGCCAAUAUAAUUCCUGGUAAAACCUCCGCACAAUUCCCUGGCAGCACAAUUCCAUCACAGCAUCCGAUUGUCGUCAUCAAGCUCGCCGCUCGCACCAAUCACCCUCUUGGAAUUAUUCAUCCGCACAUGCGAAAGAUCGGAACCUAUUUCAAUCGCAUGAUUGAUGAUCUUGACGAGAAUAGUGAAGAAUAUGGCUAUUUAGGCGCUAAUAGCUACCUGGCCAAUGAGCGAUCAACAGGCAACGAGCUCAUGAUUAUGGCGUACUUUCGUACAUAUGACGGAUUGCAUGCAUUCUCGCAUGAGAAUGGUGUUCAUCGUGAAGCUUGGAAUUAUUGGAAUACUCAGGUUAUGGGAAGAGGUAAAAAUGAGGAGGGGCGGAUGUUUAGUAUUAUGCAUGAGGCGUACGAGGUUCCUGUUGGGAAGUGGGAGAACAUAUUCAUUAAUUAUCAUCCUAGUGGGGUUGCUGCGACGACGUUUAAGGUCGAUGUGGAUGGGAAGGAGAAGUGGGCUAGUCCAAUGGUUGAUGCGAGGAAGGGACUGUUUAGGACUAGUAAGGGGCGCAUGGCAGCGAGCGCGGGAGAUGAGAAUGAGAUCUAUGGGAAUGAUCCAUAUGCGAAUGAGAAGGCUUGA